AUGGAAAAGCGUGAGGCUGUCCACCNAAGUGCACUGAUCACACAAAUUCCUGGUUUCAACGGCAUUCUUCCUUCCGAACAUUAUUCCGGGUAUGUGACUAUUGAUGAAACUCAUGGGAAAAGAUUGUAUUACUACUUCGUUGUUUCUGAAAGAAAUCCCUCAAACGAUCCGGUAGUUCUGUGGCUCAAUGGCGGACCAGGAUGUUCCAGCUUAGAUGGAUUUGUCUACGAACAUGGUAUUGAGUUGUUGAUGACGUUCUUUGCAAUCCAGAUUAUGAGUUUAGAAGUCACUUCUGCUUGUAGCGGGAGCUAUUAUAAUCCAAGUGAGAAUUGUGAAAGCAAGCUUGCGAAAGUUGAUGCAGACAUUGUAGAAAUAAACAUAUACAACAUUCUAGAACCAUGCUAUCAUGGCACAGAAUCAGGGGAGAUGACAGCUGGUAACAUGAAGUUGCCAUUGAGCUUCAGGAAACUAGGUGAGACUGAAAGGCCUCUUCCUGUGAGAAAAAGAAUGUUUGGCCGCGCAUGGCCUCUUAGAGCUCCUGUAAGAGAUGGGAUAGUCCCAACUUGGCCACAGCUUCUCAACAGUAACAGUGUCCCAUGCACUGAUGAUGAAGUUGCAACUUCAUGGCUGAACAAUGCAGCAGUUCGGAAAGCUAUUCAUGCAGAAACAGAAAGUGUGGCGGGCCCUUGGGAGCUAUGCACGGACAGGAUUGAAUAUAGGCAUGAUGCUGGAAGCAUGAUCAAGUACCACAAGAACCUAACCUCAAGAGGAAUUCGUGCACUUAUAUUCAGUGGGGAUCAUGAUAUGUGUGUUCCAUACACUGGGAGUGAAGCUUGGACAAGAUCAGUGGGAUAUGAGGUUGUUGAAGACUGGAGGCCCUGGACACUGAGUGGACAAGUUGCUGGGUACCUACAAGGGUAUGACAAAAAUCUCACCUUUAUCACCAUCAAGGGAGCUGGACAUACCGUCCCAGAGUACAAACCACGCGAGGCAUUGUCGUUUUAUACCCGCUGGUUGGAGGGCAAUCGAAUCUGAAAGAUGUUACAGUGGGAUUCCUUGGAAAGAAAAACAACAGGAAAAUUCAUUAGUAAACUUCUAUUUUCCUGUUUACUAGUCUUGGUUGACAUGAUUGAUGAGCAUAGAAGAAAUCAUAACAUAAGCAAAUGAAUGAAAGAAUGCCCUUGAUAUAGCCGUGGCUAUGUACUAACAGAUCUGAAUUGAGCCAUUUAUAUUACUGCUGUUUACUUCAUCCAUGCAGGAAAGAAAAUUAAAACUCAGAAUUUUGCUAUGA